AUGACGUCGGCAGCGGAUGCGUUGGCAGCAGCCAACGCAGCAACAGCAGCUGUCGCGGCUACCGACGCACGGAUUGACGCCAUUGAAGUCGGUCAGACGGCCAUUGCUACCCAAUUGGCCCAACUUUUGGCCAUCGUUCAAGCUGGCGGCGCCGGCGGCGGUGCUGGAGGUGGCGGUGCUGGUGGAGGCGGUGGCGCUGGUGGCGGUGGACCUUUGUUGCCUCCAUUACCCCCCCAAAGACGGCGACUGGAUCCAUCCGGAGUUGACAAACUUCACAGCGAUAUAUCUAUUCCGCUUUUGAAAUCAUGGAGGAAUCGGUGGAAUGAUUUUGUGGAACUAAGUCAGCUGGCUAGUUACCCUAUCACGGAACAGAUGGCAGCAUUCCGAAUGUCACUGGAUCCCACAAUGCAACAAGUGGUGGGGGUUGGACUAAACAUCACUCCGGCGACUAUAACCACUCCCGACCAAGUGCUCGACCGCAUCGCGGAUUAUAUUCGGGCUAAGCGGAAUGUUGCACUGGACCGCGUGGCGUUCGAAGAGCGGAAGCAGGGACCGUCAGAAUCAUUUGACGACUUCUAUAUCGGGCUGCGUCGGCUGGCGGACGCAGCAGACUUGUGCGGAACAUGCACAGAAACGAGACUGGUAACGCGCAUCAUUGCCGGAACUCGGGACACGGAAACGAAAAAGAAACUGCUGGCUCUUAGUCCGUUCCCAACCUUACAAGCCACGGUCAACAUUUGUCGGAGCGAAGAAUCGGCUCGGGCAAAUGAGCGCAUUCUCAGUGGGCAAUCCGGAGUGGCAGCCAUUGUGACGAAACAAGGUCAAUCAGACCGUCGCCCAUACAAAAAUGAGUGCGGAUCAUGCGGCCGGGCAUCUCAUGCUCCAGAAGAAAGCUGUCCGGCGGUUGGAAAGUCGUGCCAUCUAUGUGGAAAACCGAACCACUUCUCCCCGAAAUGUCCCAACCGGAAUAAGGAAAAAACCGGCACGAGCGGUGGCGCUAGUGGUGGCGCCAAAUCUAAGAUGGCACAUAUCAUCAUUGGAAACAUCCAGGCCAACCAAAAUCGCCGGGGGUCUCCUACUAUAUCCCUGGAAAUACUGGAAGAAGACGGCGCAGUAGCAGCACUGCUUACUAAUGCAAUUCCGGAUCCUGGCGCUGAAGUCAGUGUGUGCGGAAAGGACGUCAUGGAGGCCAUCGGAAUAUCUGAAAGUCAGUUGGCAGCUUCAUCGUUCGACUUGGUUAUGGCAGACCGCUCGUCGCCACUGUUGUCUAUUGGGCAACGGGAUCUGACAGUUCGGUACAGUGAUCAAAGUGCCCGCAUCACGGUCGUGUUUUGCCCUGAGAUUAGUGGAAUGCUGCUAUGCCGAGUAGACUGUAUCAGUCUGAACAUUCUACAUCAGGAUUAUCCUAAACCGUUGGUGCCGAUAAAUUCUUUAAGGGCGACGGACGCUCCAUUACAUCCGGGCGACACGGUAGCCCCUUCUAGCGGUCCCUUUCUCCGCGGCGUUUACAUUCCGGUGGAGCCUAGUGCGGAACAGAUUUCUGUCGUCGAAUCGGCCAUCAUGGCAGAAUUUGAUGUAGUGUUCGACCAAGACGACGAGUUACGUCAGAUGGUUGGCCCAGACAUGGAGAUACAAAUACGCGAUGAUGCUGUCCCCUUCUACGUCAAUGGCGCGCGCCCGAUUGCGUUCGGCGACCGCGUCGAAGUCAAGAAUAAGUUGGACGAACUGGUCAAGAAGAAAGUGAUUGUGCCCGUCAGUGAGCCGUCGGAGUGGGCCGCACCGUUGGUAGUGAUCCGCGGUCCAGGCGGUAAGCUUCGGAUUUGUGUCGACCACACGCGCUUAAAUAAAUUCGUCAAACGGCCUACACACCCGACUCGCACGCCACGGGACGCAGUGGCCGAAAUCGACAGUGAAUGUCGCUUCUUCACUAGUUUCGACGCUGUGAACGGUUACUACCAAAUCCCCCUUCAUCCAUCCAGCCAGCACCUCACAACGUUCAUGACUCCAUGGGGACGGUAUAAAUUCUUACGCGCAUCCAUGGGCCUAUGCAGCUCCGGCGAUGAGUACAACCGGCGGGCGGACGCGGCAUUUGCAGCCAUGACCAACACCAUAAGAGUGGUGGACGAUUUGCUGCGCUUUGAUCGCUCGUUUCCAGCACAUGUCGCCGGCGUCUGCGCGAUCUUGCAAGCCGCCCGCGUAGCUGGGAUUACGUUUAGUAAGGAAAAGUUUCGCUUCGCCCAACCCCGAAUUUCUUGGGUCGGCUAUGACAUUCAACACGGCGGCAUCACAAUCGAGGAAGGUAAAUUGAAGGCAUUAUCACAGUUCCCCCGCCCAACCAAUAUCUCGGAGCUCCGAUCAUUUAUGGGCUUGGUAGAACAGUUGGCGGGAUUCUCAACAGAAGUAGCUGCCGCAAAAGCCCCUCUACGCCCUCUGCUCAGCACUCGCAACCCAUAUGUCUGGACGGCAGACCACGACCAGGCCUUCGAAGCAGUGAAGCUAGCCCUCGUUUCUCCUCCAGUGCUCGUUCAUUUCGACCCGGGACGAGAAACUACAAUUCAGGUCGACGCGUCGCGGAAAAAUGGCAUGGGAUACGCCCUACUACAGCGCCACGGUGAUUCAUGGCGGUUGGUGGAUGCCAACUCACGCUGGUGUACGGACACCGAAUCCCGAUAUGCCAUCGUGGAACUGGAGUUGGCCGCCGUAGAAUGGGCUAUCCGGAAGUGCCGCCUGUACCUGUCAGGCCUACCUAACUUCACGUUGAUGGUCGACCAUCAAGCGCUGGUGGCGAUCCUUGACAAAUAUACCCUCGACGCAAUCGACAAUCCAAAAAUCCAGCGUCUUAAGGAGCGCUUGUCCCCAUAUUCUUUCACCACCGUGUGGCGCAGGGGAAAAGACCACGCAAUACCGGACGCACUUUCACGAGCACCCGUGAACGACCCGGCAGUGGACGAUGAAUGCGUUGGGACGGAACUAGCAUUCUCCGUGCGUCAUGUAGUUAUCCAGAGCGUCAACGCAAUUAUCGAACCGGAAGACGAAGUAGUUUCACCGAGUCAUCUGCCGGAUCACCUUCUCGACGAUUUACGCACGGGAGCAGCAGCCGAUCCUCAUUACCUUGACCUCAUCGCUGCAGUUGAAUCCGGAUUUCCUACGAAUCGUGCGCUCAUUCCGACCCACAUCCGUCAAUUCUGGUCAAUUCGAGAUCAGCUGUCCACAGAUGGCGGCCUCGUUCUGUACGGCUCGCGCAUCGUUAUCCCUCUCGCAUCACGCCGUAAAAUCCUCACAAAAUUGCACGCGGCUCAUCAGGGGAUCGUGAGGACAAAACGGCGCGCACAACAGACCGUUUAUUGGCCGGGAAUCACCAAUGACGUCACGAUGUUGGUGGAGCGCUGCGCCACCUGCCAGGAACGCUUGGCGAGCCAAGGCCAGGAACCGCUGUUGGCUGAUCCUAUGUCAACGUAUGUUUUCGAAGACGUCUCCGUGGACUUGUUCCAACAUGGGUCUCUACAUGUCUUGGUUUAUGCCGACCGCCUGUCAGGGUGGCCGGUAGUGCAUCAGUGGAAGCAUGACCCGACGGCCCGGGAGGUGAUGCAGGCCGUCAUCAGCAACUUCGUGGAAUUGGGUGUUCCGAUGCGCCUUCGUUCGGAUAACGGCCCGCAAUUUGAUGCCGGAAUUUUUCAGGGGGCUCUUCAACGCUGGGGAGUAGCGUGGGGCAAUUCCACCCCGCACUACCCCCAAAGUAACGGGCAUGCAGAGGCGGCGGUGAAAGCGGUGAAGGAGUUGGUGCUGAAGCUGGCCCCAUCCGGAGAUUUAUCAUCGGAGGAGUUCCUCGCCGGAUUGCUGGAAUUCCGGAAUACUCCGCACGAGACGGGACUGUCGCCGGCUCAAAUCGUCUUUGGCCAUCAGCUCCGCUCUAUCGUUCCAGCUCACCGCUCAUCCUACGCCAGCCAAUGGAAAGAGGUUAUGGCGGCGCGAGAACGACAGGCGGAAGCGAACGCGGCCACGAAAUUCCGCUUUGACUCCCGAACCCGUCCACUCUGCCCCCUCCCCGUCGGGGCGCCGGUACGUGUUCAGGAUAACAAGACAAAAUUAUGGAGCCACAUUGGGGUAAUCGUCGCGGUUGGCCGAUACCGGUCAUAUCGCGUCAAAUUCGCUAGCGGCAGCGUGCUUUGGCGCAACAGGCGAUUCAUCCGUCUCAUGGUACCUUCAACGGCCGAGGAAGAGAGCGGCGCAGAACCGGAGUCAACGGAGACGAGCGACCAACACGCAGCGGCGACCAUGGACCGCCCGGAAGACGGGCGGCAGCCGGCAGCAACCAUACCACCAGCUCCCCGCAGAAGCGCCCGUCAACGCAAGCCCCGGGUUAUGUUUUCAGUCUAA